ACACACACACACGCACACAACCCAGUGGGACGGCUCCAUUUUCUUGCUGCGUCAUUGCGCUUGGCACCUUCUCUUUGAACGCAGCUGGGCUUGAAGCAGCGUCGGUUGCUUGUUGUCGACUGUUUUCUCCUGGACUCGCUGCACAUUUGGGAACUAAAGCGGCUCUGAGCUCUCGUCAUGGCCGCGCUGGAGCAGUGUGACUUGUCUCUCAUGAGUCUGGAGGAUGAGCUGACCUGCAGCAUCUGUCUCAGCCCCUUUGAAUGUCCGGUGACCAUCCCCUGCGGACACAACUUCUGCCAGGGCUGCCUGCUCACCACCUGGACGGAGCCCUACAGAUGUCCCCAGUGUCGGACCCUCUUCCACACCAAACCCGAGCUGAAGAAAAACACGGUCCUCAGCACCGUGGUGGAGACCUUAAACCUGAGGAGGGUCAGGAGCGAGGUGAGCAUGUUAGCAGAGGAGAUGGAGACCAAGGAAGAGACCAAGGAAGAGGCUGUCAUACGCUGUGACACCUGUAUGGAAGCAGAGGCGGCCAACACCUGCCUCACCUGCAUGGCCUCUUUCUGCGAGGAGCACCUGCGUCCUCACCGGGAGAACCCGGUGUUCCGUCUCCACCAGCUGAUUGAGCCAGUCAGGGACCUGUUGGAGCACUUGUGCCCGGACCACCACAAGCUGAUGGAUCUCUUCUGCAGCCAGCAUGUCCGCCCCAUCUGCAGCCUCUGUCUCCAGCAAAACCACAAAGGCUGCCUCUUCACUUCUCAUGAGGAGCAGAGGAAGCUCAAAGAGUUGGACCUGAAGGACAAGUUGGAGUUUCUUAAUACAAAGAUUGUGCAUAAUGAGACCAUUAUGUAUAAAAUGAGGGACAUGGAGGAAAUGUUGAAGGUCUCAGCUGCCAACAAGAAGAAAGCGUUGGUAGUCGAGUAUCAAGAGAUGCACGACUUGUUGACUCAAGAGGAGAGCAUUGCUCUGAAUGCAGUGGAUCGAGAGGUGGAGACUGGUGAAACCAAAUUGAAGCUUCUCAUGAAGAAGUUCGCUGAGAACAUCGACCACAUGAGUGGGUCUAAAGAAUAUAUCAACAAUCUGCUUAGUCAGUCGCAAACACUGGCCUUCUUGCAGGUGUCAUGUAACCUGCCUGCAGCUGCUAACUCUGACCCUUACACCCCUCGAAUCCACCUGGACUCCAAGAAGGUGAUAGCCAGCGAGGCCUUUGCUGUGACCUUAAAGGAGCACCUGACUGAGCUGUUUAAACAGCCUGUUGAGUCCAGACUGCAGCUGAUUAAACCAGAAACUUCAGACAUUCCCGCAAACCUUGCAUGUGCAGAAAAAAGAAGUGAACUUCUGAAAUAUGCUUCAGUACUCACACUGGACCGCAAGACUGUCCACAAACGCAUCACGCUGACUGAGGAGUUUACUAAGGCCUCUGUGACAGAUGAGCAAGCAAACUACCCCAACUGCUCUCAACGUUUCGUCGUCUGCUCCCAAGUACUCGCCUCCAAGGGUUUCUCGAGCGGGCGCCACUACUGGGAAGUCCGACUGAGCUGCAACAACUUUAUCGGCAUUGGCUUGGCUUACAGCAGCAUUGACCGUAAAGGUCCCACCAGUCGCCUGGGCCGCAACGCCCAGUCCUGGUGUGUCGAAUGGUUUAACGUCAAGCUGUCCGCUUGGCAUAACAGCCAUGAAACCGUGCUGUGCGAUCCCAAUCCAAAGCUCGUAGGUGUGCUGUUAGAUUGUGAGGGGGGCAAGGCUACAUUCUUCAACGUGGCAGACAGGGCAUAUCCCUUCCACACGUUUGACUUACCUUUUGCUGAAGCAGUGUAUCCAGCUUUCUGGAUGUUCUCCAGUGGUUCAUCCAUUACUUUGUGCAAGCUGUAGGGAUGUGGAGUAUAUUGUCAUAAUUACACACACACACAAUCAGCCCCUUGAUGUCAUUACUGAAAUUAAUAUCACAAUAGUUACGUUAAACAGUUUGUCUAUAAAUGUAUGUUAAAGAAAAUUGAUAAUUAACAAAUGUAAGAGGCCGACAUGCUUCAAUAGCCUCCAAACUUAAAAGUAGAACCAUUGAGAAAUGUUAUUCUUUAAGUGAUUGUGAGGUUUCAGGAUGAUUAGCCUCACUCAUACCACUCUCUACACACUGUGGUUAGCUCUGCAUUCAACAAAUGAAAUACAGGAAUAUAUGGUUGUGGUAACUCUCCAGUAGUUUACAGAACUUGGAGUGUCACAACUGAUAUGGAUGUGUGGAGUCAAUAGCAUGCCAUAGCUGAAGUCAUUAGCUGUUACCAUACCCUACACCAGCUGAAGUUGUGGUUCUAAACUAGCAGAGCGUCUGUCUUUUUCGGUUUAAGAAACAUCAGAUUGGAUCAGUAUAACUUGCAUGUCCUGCGUCCAAGGUGACUAAUGCACUUAAGUGUUUCUUACAACUUUAACAGAACACACACAACUUCCUGUGCACUUGCUGUACAGCGUGCUUGUGCCUGUGUUAACCCUGAAGACUAAAUAUUACACACUGUAGAGUGGUGAUGAAUAAAGAAGUGAAUUCAUCACACAUGUCAGUCCAGUGUUGUGAAAUUAAGUCUGCAGGUGAAAGGAUUGAUAGUUUUGGACUGAGGCAGUCUAAGUUUCAUAUUGGUGAAUAAUGUUUUGGGUUGAUUUAAAGGCUUCAUCCAUACUACUAUGUUGUUGUUUGAAAACACCUCCACUCUGUUAAGGAGACAUCUGGCUUCCACACUGCUCUAGUGUUUAAGCAGCCAAAACAGAAGUUUGGAAACGCUGCUGGCCUGUUUUAGUCUGAAAACUCCAGGAUGGCGUUUUAGUCUGGAUGGGUAGAAAUGGAGAAUCUCUUAACUGCUUGCUGAUCGGGGCUGUCGGUCAAGAUGUAGCCUUCACUGAUGUGUCCGGCUCCUAUAACACUGGUGACAUUUAGUGGCUUGUUGCCUGUUGUGGCACCAAAGUGGUUGGCCAUUGUGCCUACGGAUCACUUGAAAUCAAAGCUUGUUCAUCCUGUUGAUGCUAAAUGCUGUGAAACCAAAAAUUGGCAUCAGCAGUAGACAUCUACAUACACAUCAUUACUGCAGCACAUGAGCAGUGAGGUUGGAACAUGGUUCAGGCUAAGUACUAACUUCUCUGCACUAAAUAGGUGCUGAAGACUGCAUUGUCUGAUUGAACUGAUAAGUGAGCCAAGGUUCAGAUAUGAUGGCCACUGUUGUGAAUCAGUCAGUUCACUGUUGGUCAAUUGAAAAGAUCUGUGAGCAUUGUGCCAGUGCACUUCAGGUAUGGACCUUUAUUUAUUGGGUCACCUGCCGACAUUAAAGGCUCCAUGCCUCACUGCACUGUUUGCUGUGGCAUGUCUUCACAAUGGUACAGAUGGCUUUGACAACCUAUGGAGAGCUUUACCACAGCUUUACUCAACUCCUCAUAUUGUGUUGACACUUCGGACCAAGCUAAAAUAAUAUGCAUUGCAUGGGUGUCGGGGAUCAGGGGAAUCGAGGGGCUUAUGUUUGUUUGUUUGCAACAUGUGUCCCAGUGUACUGGACUUAACUUUAGACAGCACACAGUUUGAGUGGACAGUGAAUCGGCCUGUCUGUAAUCCUUGUAUGUUUAAUUUCCCUGUGCUCGCUGUCUGUGAAACGGGUAAAAUGUUAAGUCCAGGUUCAUGAACUACAGUCAUAUCAGAGUAAAUAUAGUUGUGUAUAUGACAUGUAAAUGAUAUAUCACAUUUACUUUCAUUAACAUUUUUGUUACAAAUUAAUAAAUGUUCUUUUCUCUCUAACAUGGUCUUUUCUCUGUAAUAAAGUGAUUUAAGAAACAGACCUACAUUUUAGGAAAUAUGUUUUGCUCCUUUCUUAUCUACAGAUGACAUCAUCAAUAUUCAGUCGAAGAAAUAUACCAUUCACAGAAAUGAUCAGUUGAAGCAGUGUGCGACAAAGUAUCUGUAAUCAGAGCUCCUGGUACUUUGUGGCUACCUACUGUAAUUUAAAUAAAAACCAUCUAGAACUGGA